CGGAGUCCACACCACCCACUCACAUCACCACCGCUCUCCUCUCACUCUGCACUCAUCCACUCGCACUCUGCGUGGAUCCACUUGCACUCUGCACGUAAACACUCUGACUCUAUCCCUUCUGCUGUCACAUAGACCCACACACAGAUGUGACUGUGUUCACACUCGCCAUUACGCACUCCUGAUAUCGUCAAUAUUGCUGUUUGCUGGUCGUCGGUGUCAAGCUGAAGACAUGAGGAGACGUCCGUGCGCUUGGGUGUGGUGCCUCCUGGCUCUGCUGCUCGCUCUCAGGCUCAGCCUGGAAGUGACGCUCAACACCUGCCCGGGUGCCGAGUGGAGCAUAUUGUGCCGCGGCUGCUGCGAGGAGGGCAGGAUCGAGUGCCUGUGUCCCGGCACCGGAGAUCCCACCGGCUACUCCGUGCCCUGCUGCCGCAACGACGAGGACGUGUGCGACCCCUGCAUCAUUCACCCAGGCUGCAGCAUUUAUGAGAACUGCAGGACGUGCCUCAACGGAUCCUGGGGGACCUUCGACACGUUCUACGUGAAGGGCGACUACUGUGGCGUGUGUGGGGAUGGAUGGUCGGGUGGAAACUGCAUGCAAUGCGGAGGUGUUAUUAACGGCACCAAGGGCACCAUAAGCCUCCAGGGCUACCCGACCAAUGCCCACUGCGAGUGGGUCAUCAACGUGCGGCCUGGACACGUGGUCGAGUUACGGUUCGCCAUGCUGAGCCUGGAGCACGACUACUCGUGCCAGUACGACGUGCUGGAGGUGCGCGACGGCGACAACGUCGACUCGCCCGUCAUCGGCCGCUUCUGCGGGAACAACCGCCCGGCGCCGACCCGCUCCUCGGGCUCCUCGCUGCACCUCCUCUUCCAGGCGGACGGCUUCAAGAGCUUCGACGGCUUCUCGGCCGUCUUCUCCGAGGCUGCCAAGAGUCGAGCAUGUUUGUCCUCGCCCUGCCAGAACGAUGGGACGUGUGUUCUGGACAACUCGACGCUCUUCAAAUGCUUCUGUCUGGCGGGAUACACGGGCUCGUUCUGUGAGAGAGGCCCCUCAGCCCAUUGCACAGGUGACACCGCACCUCCGAGGUGGCUCGCUCUGUGUGAAGUUGAUGGCCGCGGUGCAACGCCGCGUCUCUCCUCCCCCCACGUGGCAGUGGUGAUGUGCGGACGACCCAAGCUUCCGCGAAAUCUGAAGAUCGAAGGGGAGGACUUUGGCCUCGGGGACCAGGUGUUCUUCAGCUGUGACGGAGGCUUCGUUCUCCAGGGCAACGUCUCAGCUGUUUGUCAGCUCGAUGGGACCUGGGACAUCCCCAUUCCGUCUUGCGUGGAGGAGGAGAAGUUUUGCCCAGAGCCGCGGCUUCCCCGCAACGGGCAGGUCGACCGCAACACGAGCGCGCCGGCCGAGGAGGGCGGCACCGGCGGCACCGGUGGCGCCGGCGGCUACCGGGCGGGCAGCAUCUUGCACGUGGUGUGCCGGCCCCCUUACGUGCGGCAGGGCCGAGGCGGGGACUUGACCUGCGGGGUCAACGGGGCGUGGACGGGGCGCCCGGCCGCCUGCGUCAAAGCUUGCAGGCUCCCACACGUCCCACCUCCCAUGACGUUUGUUCUGAUGAAGCCGAGACCGACCAAACAGAGGACCACACCGGUGCAGAGAGUUCUCUUUCCGAAGAAGGGGGCUAAGAAGGUGGCGCUGGAGCCAGAGGCGGCAGCGAUGGCGCCGGCGGCGGCGUCUGCGGGCGCCAACGAGAGCGCGCUGGCCCCCGGCUUCUACCCGGUACACGCGCGGCUCGAGUUCCGCUGCCCUGCCGCUUGGUACCAGCAGACGGGCAGCGCGCGGCGCACGUGCCUCCGCACGGGCCGCUGGAGCGGGCAGGCGGCUCGCUGCGUGCCUGUCUGCGGCAGGGCAGACGGCUGGAACAUCUCGGGGACUCCGUGGCCCUGGAAAGCCGCCGUCUACCGGCAGGUGCGGCCGCCUACAGGCGGCGGCGGCCAAAACACCAACAGCAGCAGCGGCGGCGGCAACAACAACGGUGGCAGCGGAGGAAGAGGAAGCGCCGGCGGGGGAGUCGGAGCGGGCGCGGGGGCGCGGGCCGACGGCGCCUGGCUGCUGGUUUGCGCCGCGGCGCUGGUGAGCGAGCGAUCGCUCGUGUCGACGGCGCACUGCGUCACGCACUUCGGCACGUCCACACCGCUCAAGCGCACCGACGUGCGCGUCGUGCUGGGCAGCGGCCACGGCGGCAAUGGGAAGGCCGAGCAGAUUGCCAAGGUCUCCAACAUCCUCGUGCACCGCGCCUACGACCCCGUGCUGCUGGACGGCGACCUGGCCGUGAUCCGCCUGUCGGGCAGCGCUGACCUGUCGGAUCGUGUGCAGCCCGUGUGCCUCCCUCCUGACCGCUUGUCCACCGCCGCAACCCCGGCGGCGCCACCGUCCUCCCCCUCCUCCUCCUCCGGCGCUGCCUUCGUCUCCGGGUGGCGCCUCUCCUCCAACGGCUCGGGGCCGGCCAGGGACGCGGGCCGCCCGCUCUCCGCGCAGAUCUCCAUCAUGGGCACGGCGCAGUGCGAGCGCGAGCUGGAGGCGCGCGGCGCCGCCGUGCCCGUCACCGCCAGGAUGUUCUGCGCGCCGGCGCUGCCCGUCGGCUCGGGCGAAGCGUCGUGGUGCCCUGCCGAGACCGGAGGGAUCGCGGCGUCCGCGACGCGAGGCGCGGGAGGGCGGCCUGGCGGCCUCUGGCACCUGCUGGGGCUUGUGAGCUGGGGCCACUCUGGCGGGUGCCAGGGCAGCGCCGGCUUGCCCACAGGGUACACCAACGUGUCGGCCUUCACGGACUGGCUGCGGAAGGUUAUUAAGUGAGAGGGCAGGCUUGCCCGGCGUAGCUGGGGGCCUCGCAGCGCCCGUCGCGGACUCACGGCGAUGCUGCAGGUGGCGCCGUUGUUACGGCAAUUGACUCGGGGGAGUUGUAAGCCGAAAUCCUGGUCAGGGGUCGACUUCAGCUCAAUCGUCACUUUGGAGGAAAUCAAAUAUAAGUACAGCUUCCUGGGAGAAGUUGGUGGUGUUCGUCCCAUGGAGAGACUGGCCCCUGCCAUGGGAGCGUGCCGUUUCCACUGCUCAAGCAAGGCCGCCAAUUGAGAUGAACACUGCUCCAUUGUUCAAAUGAAGACAGAGACAACCUGGUUUGGCGCUGUUAUCAAGGAAUUGGCCAAUUUCAGGGAUGCUUCUGAAAAUGAAUGGAGACUUAGCGUGGUUUUCCGACAUAAAUAAACGCUUUAUUAAAUAGGACAUGUUGCCAAUGUUGCUGAUGCUUUGUGUUUGAAUUUAGGCUCCAGCCACCAUGCUCUCAAGGAUGGUGCUUUGAUGAUUUCAUACCGGUUCCCUAUGACUACAAAAAAACCUUUGUAAAAAAAAAGUUGGGUUUUCAGUCAAUUGAGGAUGCAAUGAGCAUGAGACCUCUACAGUUUGGCUGCUUAACGUGUGCCGAACCACUCUUUGCACAGUCACAUCUCAGGUUGGGUGAGAGGGCCUUUCCACAGUAACUCGAGCUCUGUAAUGAUCGUUUUAUCAUAAAUAUCUGCUGACUUCACGUAAUAUCUGCUCCCCACAGGAGUUCUGGAACCGAGUUUUUGUUUUUCACCUCGUAAAAUGAUGCCUCCGCACCAGAGCGAUCGAUCGAUUCCGUCCUUCUGGCAGAUUCGAAAGCCGUCACGCAGUUGAUGCCUGAAAUUCUGCCACAGCGGUAAUUCCAACGACCUUGGCUCAGGGUCCUCUUCCCCUUGGUCACCGAACUCUGGCUGUCACUCCCGAACUCCCGCCUCGGGUCAUCUGCCCUCCUCCAAUCCUGCACACUUGCUUUAACUCACACUCACCACCUCGUGCUGGAUAAAUAUACCAACACUUUCUUCGCCACACUUUUUAUUCUGAAGUUGCAAGGUGUUAACACAAUCUCUGCCAUGAAAUGAAUAGCAUACUGCCAACUGCAUCCUGAUUCUAAAUGGCAGAAGCUUCUUCUCCAGUUGUUUCAUAGUUGAUGUCAAGCCCUGCCGAGUCAGCUUUUGAGCGAUAUGCAAUCCCCGUGACACCGGCACAUACGUUGCGAGCGCGUCUUGUAAAUAUCUGCUGUAAAUACCAUUGUAUAAAAUGUUCACAUUCAAGUGUACAGUCAUAUUUUAAUGCUACCCGAAUUAAAUACCAGUUGCUCCAAUGUGAAUGUGUUUGUCAAAUGAAAUUAAUGCUUAAUAAUCUUAAGAGUGAAAUACAGUCAUCCCUUGUUAAACGGAAACUCAGUACAUGAAAUUUCUCGACAACGUAAAUUACAAAUUAGGGAACGAAUUUGAUAGGACUUGCGUUAAAUUAGCGUUCACGGAAUUUUGAAUCUCUAAAUUGCAAUCUCUUGGAGGUAAUAUUUGAACAAUGUACAUGUCAUCACAGUUUCUGGUAAGUACAGUAGAGAAUUUGUAUUUCUCGACUUAUUUUGAGUCCUGUUAACAAUAUUUUAUCGUAACAUUAUCGAUUUUCUAUUAAAUAUUUGCUCAAAAA